UUCAUCAUCGUAUCGAUAAUUUUUGUGUCCGAAUUCAAGGGAGUUCCUGCUGAAAAGUGUGACAAGAUCGACGACUGUUCAUGUAGAAAAAGCAAUGGGAAAGUUAUAAGUUUAAGAAAAGUUGAUGGGGUUAAAGGAGGUCCUGCGUAAGUAACGUUUUGUUUCUCAGUAUUAUUGUAGUUGUUGAAGUGUCAAUAGAUAUUUUAUAGUUUCGCCGGCUUUAUUUAAGAAUUUUUGUAUGUUCUCUAAAAUUAAUGCUAUCAACGCGAAGUUACUUAUCUCUGAAGUGUUAUAAUCCUAUGGCCAUAGUUGUGUGGCAGCAACUCUCAGAAAAAAUCCCAUACUUCACCCUUAUAGAUUAUUAGAUAAUUAUUCUCGUUAAAGAAGAAUGAAUAUCACGACUUUGGCCGUUCAUAAUAAAAAGGAGUUUAUUACAUUGCUACUCAUUGGCUUUACUCGUUUUCACUCUAACUACUUUUUUGAUAAUAAAGUCGAGUAGAGGCACAUCAAGUUUCAAGCGUCUCGUGAGUCCCUCAAAUACACUGUGUUCGCAUCAGUUUCUAUCCAGUGUGGUCAAAAGUCCAAUACGGGGAUUAUUUUGAGAGCUGACAAUGAUGGCCCUAUACAAAAAUUAUUGACUUGCUUGACUUGGAUUUUUAAGCUUUUUUAAAAUAGAAGCAAAGCAAGUUCCAUGACUCUUAUUCAGCAAGAAGUACAAUAUUUGAAUUUCUUUCUUUAUAAAUUAGACCUCAAAACUUUUAACUUUUAACUAAAGUCAUGAUAGUUAAAUAAAUCAUGCACUUUAAAUGUUUUAGUCAUGAUAGUCGAUCAAAUACGGACUUAAUUAAGGGAGGCUAACAUGGAAUAGUAAAGAUACUCUAAUUUGUUUUGGUAGUGAUUCUUGAAACGACUCGUAUCACAAAAGAGUAAGAUGUAUACUUUUUUAGCCAGGGUUUCUGCAAUCUACAGAAUUUACAGUCGUACCCCUCUAAUACGGACACCGAAGCGACAGAGCGAAGUGUCCGUAUUAGAGAGGUGUACGUAUAAAAGAGGUCACUGCGAUGACGGCACUUGUAUGACUCCAUUUACGGUUUUAAGGGUUCAGUAGCUAAACCCAGGCUCAAAUUUAUUAGAAAAAUAUCAUUAACAGCACCAGCCCACCUCCUCAUAAUAUACUAUACAGGGAUUUUGCCCCCGAAGCCGAGGUAUUCCUUUACUAAUGGUAGGGAUUUUCAAGUUAGAGUCUAGAAAGUAUACAACUACAAAGUUCACGUUUGUGGCCAUUUUGGCCCUCCAUUCCUCUUUAGGCCUGUUUACAUGGAGGUGGGGGACCCCAGGUAGGUGAGGUAACCCGCUUAGGUGAGGUAACCCGUUUGUCCAUAUAAUCUCUCAUUUUAAUUUGAUCACGUUUACAUGAUAGGUGGGGUGAGCCGCCAUAUUUUACCUCACCUACCUGGGGUGCCCCACCUCCAUGUAAACAGGCCCUUUGUCACAUCAUCUUCUCUCGGAAACAAAGCAUAUGUGAAGUAGAUUUAAGAACUAUGAUGUUAAUUAAGGAACACGUGACUAUAGUUACAAAUAAACAAGUGUGGACUAGAAUUAAACAUAUUCCUUCUAAUAAAAAAACUACAACAGUCAAACUACAAGAGCUUUUAAAAGGCAGCAACUCAGACAACAAUACUGGUGACACUGCGUAAAGGAGAAAACCAUGCAUAAAAUCCCAUUUUACAGCUCCCAAAUUUUUUUCUUCACGUCACAUUUGAGCGUGUCUAUUUCGGGAACAGCGGAACGGACUGUGCCAAAACAAUUAAGAAUUUUUAGAACUUUCUAAAAAAAACUCAUUUCAUCAAUGGUUUUUUUCGAAGAAGUUAUUGUAGUAAUGGGAUCUUUCAGUUAACAUAAAUUCAUUAAAGAAAUCUAUUUUCCAUGAGAUGUAUUAACCAGUAUUUCUUUUUUUUCUUCAGUUUUAAAAAUAUACUAAAGGAUGACUCACUACCAAAACAACUGAACCUCGUCCCCAUGUUUAGGCUGCACUUUUGAAGUAAUUUUGACGUCAUCGCUUCAAUAUGACAAAAUUCUUGCCAAAUUUGGUCAACAGUAGCUGGUGGUGAUGAAUUAUGCGUAUGGUUUUAAUCAAUCAGAAAUGGGAAAAUAUUUUGAAUACGUUCUUGUAGUAAUGCGAUCUUUUAGUUAACUUUAAAAAUGUGAAGUAAUCUAUUUUCCAUGGGAUAUAUUAACCAGUAUUUCUUUCUUCCUUCAGUUUUAAAAAUAUACCAACGAAUGACUGGGAUCAAAAAUUUAAAGCAAGUUUCGACUGGAAUCCUUGCACGGCAUUUACCAAAGGCAGUGGCUGCAACGAUGCAUUGGUAAGAACGAUUUUAUCACUCUUUGGCACCUCCUGCUUCCAUAGGAACGUAAAAUACAAAAACGGAACAAAACUUUAACCCUGGAUUAGCGCUAAUCGGCCUUUCAGGAACCAGGCCUAGUACUAUAAAUUCAUACUUACCUUCGGGGCUGAGGGGUAUCAAACACGCCCAUGUUGACUAUCUCCAUUUGUAGCCGUUGAAUGCUUUUUAUAAUAUUUCUGCAAUACAUUACGGUAGCCCGCGAAUGCAGACGUGAAGAGACUGACGACUGGAAGUAAGUCUGCGUUCGCUGGUUAAUAACAAUAUAAUAGCCGAGGCGCCUGUGAAAUUGUCCUCUCUAAUAAGAACGUAUAGGACUAACCUAUUCAGCUGUUCAGAUUGUGCGGUCGGUGCAAACAAGAAGUGAUCUUUUUUUCCCGCUCUCUUACCUCGCACCGCACUCCACUAACUGAACGCCUGGAAAAGGCUAGUUUUGUCUGCGGUGCCUCUUAAAGACCUCUCUGUGCGAGGAUUGAAAGUACCAGGUUGGUAGGAGAGGGUUCUAAAACUGAGAUAUUUGUUCUUUUCAAGGUAAACACCAGUCUAGUUCGCUUUUUUUCUUAGAGGUUAGGUUUCCAGACCGGCAACAGUACUCACCAUGAUAUAUCCUAGUGGGCAGGAUAACUACAUGUAACACCAACUUCCCCAGUCCCCUCCCCAACACCAACCUACCUGGGCUAGAAAAGCACUACUGUGUACCUGGUCAGGGAAAUGGCUCCGCAGUGGGCAAAAAGGGCGAAAAAGAUCAGUAAAGGAUAAAAAACAGCUCGACUCGCUUGACAGUCGCCGAUUUUUGCGGAGCCUGGUCCCAAGCUACUGUGUUCCAAUAGACCUUAUUCACGAUACCCGCCAUCUUUGCACGCGCUUAAGGACUGAUGGCUUCUCAGGGGACCAAACAAGUAAUAAAAUCUGCUAAUACAAGAAAUCUCGGUAGAGUUUGCUUAUUCGAGACAAAAGGAAAUGAAGAACUUUUUAUCUUGAAGACGAUAAUGGCAAGUUAUUAGUGAAAGUGUUCAUUGUAACUUAAUUUGGAAGCGAUAACGUUCAGCAUGCAAUGAUGACGUAAAACUUGUUUAAACUCAAACUGUACAUUUUAAAUGACCAUUACAUCGUCGUUUCGCUUUGAUAGAAUAGACAAAUUCCACUGCGAUUACUCAUAAUGGCAAAUUUUAUUCAUUGUUCGUCCCCUGAGAAAUCACGUGACAUUGCAAAUAUCCCAUCGAUCCUAGGGUGCAUGCAAAGAUGGCGGGUAUCAUAAGGUCUAUUAAAAUGAAAUACAUUUACUCCAAGAUGUGUAAAAACCCGAACAGAAAAACCAGUACUGGCCAAGUAUUGGCCCAGUCUGCCGCUGCAUUCACAGUAAACAAAGACGGAUCUACCACCAUAUCUUACCGUUCAUAUGCGAGAAGGUAAAUCAUUCUUAUUUAUCUAAAUAACCUGAGGUCAAUAAAGUGUAACUUAUAACAGACCAAUUUCCAUAUAUAAAAAUUCAUGCUUGGCUCCAAAGGCUUGAGGGAGUAAAACAAAAGAAAUGUAUUAUUCAUUACUGAGCCUCAAGCUGAUUUCUUCUGUUUUUUCAUGUGCAUAUUUUGACUAAAACUAAAGUGAAUGGACAUAUGCUUUAAAGUUAUAUACUUGGUACCAAAAAUAUGAAAUAGCAGUUGCUAUAGCAUCUAAAUGGGCUACGGUGAUAUAAAUGAAUAAAGGUUUCUCUCUCUCUCAAAUGACCGACUUGUUCACUUUUGUUUAUUCAAUUUUAUUUUGUACAAUAUUACUAUUUUUUUUAAUGUUUUAGGGAGGUGCAUAUAAAACUUAAAUGCGAUGACACAAAGUACCCUGGUGAUACCGGAGACGGUGUUGUGGUUCUUCCGCAGCCUGUAAAAGAUUCAUAUCAUUAUGUGCGUUUUCUUGUGUUUAUAAAUAUCUAAUCGCUUAAUAGACCAAUAUCGAUGUAAUAAAAAAUUCAUACUUGGCUCCGAAGCUUAGGAGAAUAGAACAAAAUUAAAUGUAUUAAUCAUUGCUGAGCCUCAAGAUAUUAUAUUUUGCUUUAUUCUCCCUCUCGAAGCCAUGUAUGACUUCGAGGUUGGUCAGUUAGCCCUCGGCCAUUCAUACUCUCACCGUAGUGUCAAACGCUUGGUAAGAACACUGCCCCCAACCCCCCUCCCCCUUGCGUUUUUGAUAUGAUGCGAUACUUUGAAAAAUUUCUAUCAUUACGGAUAGACUAGAUGGCCUGUUAGAGUAGUGUAGGAGCUGCUCGAAAGGUCUCUUCUCAUUGGUCGCAAGAAACAAUGACAUGUCAUUCUUCCAAUUGUUUUAGUAUUGUUUGGGGUCAGGGAAAAGCAUCAUUGGUGACUUCUCUUGCGAGUAGCUGCUACAUGACCCGCCUGUUAUGUGGUCUAGAAUAUGAUGAUGUUAGCAUUAUUGGAUAGAUAUGCAACGAGGCGCUGCUGGAGGCCAGUGACGUCAUCCAAAAUAAGCUUUUGUAGAUUUGUCCCUCUUGACGCAAUGUGUUUUUGGCUUCCCGAGUGGGGUGGUAUCCACCCCCCCUCACCCCUCCCUUUAGUAAGUAAGAGUGAAACCCACUGUACAACAACCACCCAUUCGACACGACUACCUCGUGAUCACAAAGAAAUCAUCUCUUCCCUGCACUUAAUAAUAACUGUCUCAGAUUAUUCUUAGUUAAUAGGGAGGGAAUGAAAAUGUCCAUUGGGCAAAAUAAGAAAAAAACGGAAUUUUUAUUAACUAAACUUUUUAUAUCAGGAAUGCUACAAGUCUUGAAUUUAUUUUUGAUUUUUAAUGGUUUUUCUGGUUUUCGCAGAAAAUGACGUUUACCUCUAAGUGCGCAUGUGAUGAUGGCUGUGUUACUCCUCCAUCCUCGGUUGAUCCAACAAACCCCGCUGAUCCAACCGUGAAGCCCAAACAUAAAAGACUCAGUAAAGGCAGUAUUAUAUUGAUAACGUAUGUAAUGAAAUCUUAAAAUGCAUCUGUAUAUGUCGUACAGUGUAUAUGUUGCUGCGUGGAUAGUGUACAAGUUAAUUUAAUAGUUCAAUUUUAGGAACGUUUUGAUGAGGAAUAUGUAUGAGGUAUGAUAAGGAAACUAUUUUUUACUUAAAACAUUUGAAAAGUUCCGGUAUGUAAACCUUUAUAUCAUAAGGGGUUAACAAGCUCAGGAAAACAUCUUUCAAUAUAAUGAGUCACGUGCCAUUUUAGUUCGUUUACGGUCUAUUUUCAAUUCCAAGACACGAAGUUUUACUCGUGAAUUUGACAUCACGACACCACCGUGCAGCAUCCAUUUUUUCAAGCCUUACUAUUCAACAAACAAGAAUAGUUUCUUUCCAAUACCCCAUUAAGCCGCUAUUUGUAUGUGCAAUACAGUAAUUCUCAUUGAUCCAUAUUUACUAAAUGAACAGAGAACAAAAAUGCUCUGUCGGCCGGAGGUAAAAUGCUUUUCUUUAGCAAACUAAGGCGCCAAAGAUCAAAGGUCAGAGGGCUCUUAAAGGGGCUAUAACACCUUAUUGGUCAUCCUAUUUUAAAAGCAAAAGCUUGUUUUCGCAUCAAUUAACUUGUUUUUGCAUUCAAACUACUUUCUUUCGUCUGCUGUAAGGGAUGACAACUUUUCAAGUUAGCCCAACUUUCUCAAGUCUUAAGGUGUUUCGAUACAGUUUUUCAGAGGCCAUACCGAUACUUUCCAAUCGCCUUAAAAGUGAGUUUUCCUUGUCUGAUCGCUACAAAAUUUUCACCAGUAAUUGGCUAUAGAAUGAAAUUUGUGGAAAUGUAGUUUUCAGUAAAAUAGAUAUUACUAUGACAACAAUAAACAAAAAACUUAGAAAUUGAUAAAAGAAGAAUUUUGUGUGAUCUAGACCAGCUACUGAAAAUCCAACACUAGGAAAUUAAAGUUUGGUGUUUAACAAGCAAUCUCCAACGCGCAAUAUACAUACCUCCUUGACUAGUUCAUUUUAGUUUGAAUUUAUCACAUCUUUUGAAUGUAAAACAUUGAACGGAUAUAUGUAUUUUCGGCGUUAAUUUGGAAAAAUUAGCAUAACGUCAAAACAGUGAUCAUGAAUGUUGUAGCGCAGAUUUUUGACCGGUUCGUAGGAUAUAUGUUUGUCUUGAAAUCUCAAGGUGUUGCAUUGAAUCAAUCUUAAUGAAAAAUUAAGAGACAUUAUUAUAUACAUUAUGAAGAUUAUGUGAAGAGAUUUCAAAAAAAUUCGUUCCAGUUGUUUCAGAGAUAUACAAAACAGCGCUAAAAGUCCGAAUUUUGAAUGAAGUUGCGCUUAGACAGGUGGUGAGAAAGCGGGUUUUUACUUAGUUUUUAAGAUCGCAAGAACGAAAACACACCAAAAUUUCCUAGCAUCGAAAUAUGAUAUUAAGCAGCAUUCUGACACUACUUAAAAAUAAUUUGAGUCAUUUAUAACGUUUUUAUUAAAAAAAAGUAUCACGGCUAUUGAAUAUUUAAGGUUUGAAAUAUAUUUUCGUUUUAGUCGAAUUCAAACAUACAGAAUUGUUUACUUCUUUCGGUGGUUAUUUGCUAAACACCAAACUUUAAGUUCCUAGUGUUGAAUUUGAGUAGCUGGUCUAGAUCCCGCAAAAUUAUUCGUUUAUCAGUUUCAAAGUUUUUUGUUUAUUGUUGUCAUAGUAAUAUCGAUUUUACUAAAACCUACAUUUUGACAAAUUUCAAUCUAUAGUCAAUCAUUGGUGAAAAUUUUAUAGCGAUCAGGCAAGGAUAAAAUCACUUUUAAAGCGAUUAACAAAUGUCGGUAUGGCCUUGGAAAAACUAUAUCGAAACACCUUAAUGCUAUACCUGCAUAUAUCAUCAAAAUAAUAAUGGUUCGUGCUCCCUGGUGAAGUUUGUUUAAUAUAUUUUUUAUAACUCUACGGUAACAUUUUUUUUAACGUUAAAGCACUAAGUAAUGACUUGAGCACAGAAUUGACUGAAAACCAAGAGAGGAUAAAGGGGACAGAGAAGGCAUCCCUCAUAUACACCUUAUUCCAUAGGUAAUUCGUCUCGAGUUAUUUUUAAGACCACAGAUCCCAAGGGGGAUUAGACAACAGCCAAUCACAUAGCGCGAAUGUGUUCCGCGUGGAUGACCCACGCUCAGAGCCACGCGUCCUUCACGAAUUGACGCAGAACAAAAUGGAAGACGCGGAGAGCGAUAUUGCUAUUCGUUUAGUCGACGAAAACGACUACAGAGAGAUUUCUGCUAAAGCUGUGUCAGCGAAACGGAAAUUAAAAAAGAAUCGCCCUUCCUCCCUUGUAUAGAGCUAACAGUACAGCAGGGAAAUCCUUAACACAGUGAAUAUUCCCUCAGGAUCAUUUAUUACAGUUUGAAGAGAGCAAUUUCUGGUUUGAUAUUUAUUCUUUUAUUAGUCUUUUAUUAUUAAACAAAAAUAACACUUGGUGUCUACUUCCUUUAUUGUACAUGUACAAACGACCGGUCUCAAUAGACCGGCGAAAUUUCUCAUUUUAUUAAAGCACUGAGGUCACGUAAACUUCGAGUUAAACUGAUUUCACAGGUUGUCAAAGAGUCUAGCGACUCCCUUUUCCCAGGUGAGCGCCGACUCAUUUCACGUCAAUAUUCGGGAAUACCCUCGAUCUCUUUACGCUUUCAUUGCCGUUCGCCCGACAUGUUUUCCACGGCGUUUAGUCAUGCGAAACCUCCACGAAACAUCCACGAAGCGCGCGAGAUAAAUUUAUCUUAUGGAAUAGGUUGUGUAUGGGGGAUGCCUUCUCUGUCCCCUUUAUCCUCUCUUGCCUAAAACAUAAUAUCCUGGUGACAAAAUUCCUUUCAAGGCUAGCUGUAAUCAGUCGACUUUUGUUUACACUUGAAAAUUUAUCUAAAAACUUAUAUGUUAAGUUAUUUCUAUGUUAAGUUAUAUUUUCAUCUGCUUUCAGAUUUUUUGUUUUGGUUUUCGUUUACCUUAUUUGUGGAGUUCUCAUUAAGAAGUUUAAAAUGGGAGCAGAAGGGUUAACAGAGAUGGUACCCAAUUAUGCGUUUUGGGCGGAUAUUCCAUCCUUAAUUAAGGUGAGAAGUGAAGUGAAGUCCAAGAAAUUUCUUAAAGUUCCGCGUCUAAAAAAGCAUCCGAUAUAGUGAAGAAAAAGCCUUAAGGCUGCUCAUGACUAACGGCGGAGUCUAGUGAAAACUCUGUUGGUUACGAUCUAUCUAGUGAAAACUGGGUUGUCGGAGUCGCAAGGAGAAGCGGAAGAACUAAACCAAUCACAAAGCGUGGAACUAGCCCAGUGAUUGGUUGAUCCUUUCGCUUCUGCUUCCGACAAUCUGGUUUUCAAUAGUUCGUAAACGACGGAGUCGUAAAUUGAAACGUUCUGAUUCUUCCGACUCCGUCGCGCUCUGAUUUUUUAUUAUCACAAUGUCAUAAGUGUCACACCGCUUACGAUUCCAACUCCGAUUCCGUUACUAGUGAAAACCAGCCUAGCAGAUAGCUCUUACGCAGCCGGGAAAGGGUUUUUGUUCAAAUCGGCAUAUUAA